UACUCUCUUACAACGAUACGAGACUUUGGUUUCAUAAAAGGGAAAGGAAAAAAAACCUCCCUAAACAACUAUCAAAUAUUGUCCCUGAAAUAAGUACAAAAGUGAGAGACGAUAGGGCUUUAAGAGGGACUUUUUGGGUAGGAGGUGCAAUAGAAAAUGAGUGACGAAGAAGAAGAAAGAAGAGAACUGAACUUGGUUUCAAAGAAGGAUGAAGAAGAGAGCGAAAGCUCAAUGACUCCAUGGGAGCAACACGCCAAAGUUAUAAGCAUUCCUCGCUUCGAUUACAAGGCUCCUUCUUCUUUGCUUCAACGUUCUCACUCUGGUUUUCUUAUCACUUGCACUAUUAAGAGGGAGAAGAGCGCGACGAAAGAAGCUAUGGCUAUCUUUUCUAAGUAUGUUGGCCCCUUCAAUGGUGAUGACGACACCUUGGGAUGUUCAGGAAACUCUGAUGCAAAUGCUGAUAUUAAGAGAAGGAAAAUAUAUACAGAAGAAAUUGAUCAGAAUAUUGGCAAUAGUGUCGACAGCUCAGAGAUCACUGAUGCAGCCGGGGGAAUUCCAAAAGAUGACUGCUUUGUAUCUGCAAAGACGGAUAAAAGUCAAGCACCAGAAUUUGUUCUUUCACUAGUCAAGCUAUCAAGGAGUGGUUUGCUUCUGCUUACCUUCCCAUGGGGGAACUCGUUAGACACAAUAGAUGUUGUUUCAAAGAUCUUUUGUGAUCUGGAGUCUGGGAGUUUAAAGUCACCACUUUGGUGUCACCGCAUCUUUCCCAUCCAAGCUACCUGUACUUUGAAUGAGAAGGAACUGCAAGCAGUUGUAUCGAAACUUGUCUUUCAAUUUGUGAAUGAUAAGCGGAAUAAACUUGCACAACCUCUAAAGUUUGCAGUUGGGUUUAACAGAAGAGGGACUGAAGAGAGCCAAAUGAAAACUUCGAAAGAUGCAUCAAAGAAUUCUGAUAUGUCUGUAUUAUUGGACCGCAACAAAUGCUUUGGUGCCGUGGCUGCUGCUGUUAAAGGCAUUGUUUCAGAUUCAGUUGUGGAUCUGAAAUCUCCUGAGCUAUCUAUUCUUGUUGAGUUGCUUCCCCUUUCUGGAGUGCCUAAUGGAUCGCUAUUGGUUGGUGUGUCAGUUUUACCCCAAAACCUGGUUAGUACUAAGCCAAGACUCUGCAUUAAGCCACUGGUUUGCGAUAAAAAUGGGAAGAAGGCAAGUUAAAGCAGGUAUGUGUUUAACAAUGUUUUAUAUGAUGAGACUCAACGUCUUUGCAGUAACGGUAAUAUGAGUCCAUGGUGAAGUAAUUUUGUAUCCUGUACCUUCACCCCAUUGGAGUAAAACUGCUUUAAUUUUGAUGAAAAGAAAGUGCUUUCAUGGUUGAAUUUAGAAGUUAGUGUGAGCAAACAAUGGUCCAUUUAUCUCCUAAAUGGUUUUACACGUGCAUGCCCGGUGGUUGACUCCAUGGAGACCAAUGUUGAGAUGCCGCCAUAAAACUUGAAUUGCUCGUUAGAAUUUUUUUUUUUUUUAAAAAGGAAAUUUAAGAUUUGCUAUGUCAAUUACAGCUUAGGGCUUUAGUCUUCAACAAGUUCUUCACCCUCUGGUGAGAGUUUCGGAACCUGAACUUGUAAAUUGUGAGAUAUAUUUAUUUAUAUGACUUGCUAAUCCAAGGUAGCUUUUCCAA